AUGGCGACGCUGCUCUCACAGAUUGAGGCUUGCCUCAAUUCUCGACCGUUGCAGCCCCUGUCCGAUGAUCCUGAGGACGUAGCGGCUCUCACCCCGGGACACUUCCUAAUCGGUUCCGCUCUCUCCGCCGUACCGGAACCGUCGCUCGAGAGAGAACCUUCGGCCCGAUUAUCGCGCUGGCAGCUCCUGCAACAGAUGAGGGACCAUUUUUGGUCCCGGUGGUCCAGCGAGUACUUACAUACGCUGGCCCAUCGGCCAAAAUGGUCCCGAGUCAACCAGGAGGCUUGCAUCGGUCGGCUGUGUUUGAUUCGAAGCGAGCAUACUCCACCAACGAGGUGGCCGCUCGCGCGCGUCACGCGCUUGCACCCGGGAUCCGACGGCCACGUGCGCGUGGUCGAACUACGUACCGCUAAUACCAAUUUGACGCGACCCGUAAGCAAGUUAGUAUUUUUGACCGACGGCGCCGAAGUUUCACUCGAAUCAAAAUCACACGUCGUAAGCGAUUAA